GCGUACACCCCUAAUUACGUAUAAACCUACAUAGCUCAUAGCUGUGUAUAUUUCAAAGCAAGAAAUUGGAGAUCGAAAGUAAUUUGGGCAUAACAUGAUGUGCAAGUGCAACAACUAAAGAGCGGAGGAGGAAGAAGUGGCAUCUCUAGUUAUUGGAUAUCUCGCAUCCCCCGCAUCAAAUUCACACUCACAAGUGGUAGUUUUAGGGUUUGUGUUUACAAGUUAAUGUUGUGGCGAUACUCUUAUGGAUCAUAAAAUGAUUGUUUAUAUCUGGGACAUGGACGAGACUCUUAUUUUGCUGAAAUCGUUGAUUAACGGGACGUAUGCCAAGUGUUUUAAUGGUUUAAAGGAUGUGCAAAGGGGUACUGAAAUUGGGAGGACCUGGGAGAAUUUUAUUCUUGACAUAAGCGAUCAAUCUUUCUUCUAUGAGGAAAUUGAAGAUUAUAAUCAGCCUUUUCUUGAUGCCUUGAAGCAUUAUGAUGAUGGAAGAGAUCUAUCUGAUUAUAAUUUUAGUAUGGAUGAAUUUCGCCCAUUACCUGAUGACGUCAAUAGAAGAAAACUUGCAUACCGGCAUCGCCUGGUUGCCCAGAAGUACAAAAAGGGCUUGCGUAGCAUUCUUGGUCAUAAUAAGACUAUAUCCUGGGAAAAUUUGUACGAAGAAACUGAUCUUUUCACAGAUAAAUGGCAUUCUUCAGCUCGGGACUGCUUGGAACAGUGUGCUGGUACCAGUUCACAACAUGUGAAUCUCUUGGUGACAUCUGGGACAUUGAUACCCAGCCUUGUUAAGUGCUUGCUGUUUCAACUUGAUGAUUUGAUAUCUUAUGAGAAUGUCUAUAGCUCAUGGGAAGUAGGGAAGCUCCAGUGUUUCACGUGGAUAAAAGAGCGAUUCAGCGGCCAAGAUAUCCAGUUUUGUGUGAUCGGAGAUGGAUGGGAAGAAUGUGAAGCAGCGCAAAGCCUGAAGUGGCCUUUUGUCCAAGUUGAUCCACAACCUGGCAGUCCUCAUCGUUUUCCCGGGCUUAAUGUGAGUACUUUGGGGCACUAUUUAGCGGUUAUAUACGAUCAAACAAAGAAAGAAACUGAUGAAACAGCAAGCCACAACUCCAGCAACAAUUUAUAGGCUAUGAGAUUGUUUAACUUGUAAUUUGAAAUAUUAUGAGGUCUGACCUGAGUUCUGGAACCUUGUAUACGCCAAGUCGCCAACCAGAUUACCUUCAUUUAGAAGUAUAUUAAACAGUUGUCAUGCAGAUCUCUUUGUAGGAUGAACAAAGUCCGAAUUGCUAAACCCAAAUGCUAUAAAACAAUAUCUCCAGUGUUGUGGAGUGAUUAAUCAAAAUUCUCCCUUAUCUGUA